CUCCCAACCCUCUCUCACCGCAUUCUUCUCUGCGUACUACACACAUCCUCUACUUUCUACCGCAUACACUUUUCCGCCAUGUCUAGACGAAAUGGCGCGCCCUCUGGGCCCAAGGACACUGCUCCUCCUGCAGAAGAUCGGACGCAAGACAAGCAAGCCCGCCUUCUUAGCACAGAAGCUGGCCACUUUUCCCUGUUCCGUGCCCUCCAUCUCGCUGACUUCAUUACCGAGUUGAAUGGCUUCUGCGGUGUCAUGUCCGUCUUCUCUUCGCUUCGGUAUUGCGUACAGGACGACCCCACCGACUAUACGAAUCUCUACUUUGCCUUGGGCUUCAUCCCUCUUGGUCUCUUCUUCGACUUUAUGGAUGGCAAAGUUGCGCGGUGGAGGAAGAAGGCUAGUUUGAUGGGCCAGGAAUUGGAUUCCCUUGCCGACUUGGUAUCCUUUGGUGUAUCCCCAGCCGCCGCUGCAUUCUCUCUCGGGCUACGCACCCCCGUCGAUCACAUCCUGCUUGCCUUCUUUGUCCUCUGCGGCCUGACGCGCUUAGCGCGUUUCAAUGUAACCGUUGCUAUGCUCCCCAAGGACGGUACCGGAAAAUCGAAGUUCUUCGAAGGAACCCCCAUUCCAACUUCUUUGGCACUGGCUGCGACGAUGGCGUACUGGGCGAACAAAGGGUGGACACAUGGUGAUGUGCCUCUGGGCGUCUGGGGAGCAGGUGCCGCCUGGGAGAUGCACCCCGUGGCGCUGUUGUUUGUGUUGCAUGGCUGUUUGAUGACCAGCAAGACAAUCCACAUCCCGAAGCCGUAG